AUGGCCAACUCCGUACCGGAGGUUUCUAAACGCAGAAGGCUGUCUACAAACAACAGCACCACCCAGCAGCAGCAGCCUCUCCUCCCCGGACUCCCCGAUCACAUAGCCCAGGCGAUUCUUUCCCUUGUCGACCCUAGUAGUUUGUACUCUGUCUGCCGCUCGUGGCGGCGCGUCAUUUACACGCUCUCCUUCCCUCCCUUUCUCUCUCUGUAUGCUCUGUUGUCUUCCCCGUCCUCGAAUUCGGUCGAGUUUUACAGUUACGAUCCGGUCUCGUCCAAGUGGCGGGCUCUUCCCGCCACCCCGCCGGACCCGCCUCUCCGCCUGUCGCUCCGUCACCCGGCGUUCAUAUCCCGAAACCUCCCGAUCCAGUCCGUCUCCGCAGCCGGCAAUCUGGUCCUCCUCGCCGCCACCACUGAUAAAUUGUUCUCCGCCCUCUCCCGGCCGCUCAUUUUCGAUCCGAGCACGAGCGGCUGGGUGUUCGGGCCUCCACUCGCCACCCCGCGUCGCUGGUGUGCUGCUGGAGCUCUGAGCGGCGCGGUGUACGUGGCGAGUGGGAUCGGGUCCCACUUCUCCGUGGACGUAGCUCGCUCCGUCGAGAAGUGGGACUUGAGGAGCAAGAAGAACUGUAGCCCUAACAGGAACGAGAGCUCGGGAUGGGAGUGGGAGAGAGUGAGUUCUCUAAAAGACGGCAGGUUCAGCAGAGAAGCGAUCGACGCCGUGGGCUGGAGAGGGAAGCUCUGCAUGGUGAACGUGAAAGGCGACGCCCUGAAAGACGGCGUGGUCUACGACGCGGAGAAGGACACGUGGCAGGACAUGCCGCAGGGGAUGAUCGCCGGGUGGACGGGGCCGGUGGCGGCCAUGGACGAGGACGUGAUGUACGUGGUGGACGAGGGGAAGGGAGCUUUGAGAAGGUACGAUCCGGGGAGGGACACGUGGCAGCAAAUCAUCGAGUCAGACUGCCUUAAAGGAGCGGAUCAGAUUGCGGCGGGUGGAGGUCGAGUUUGUGUGGUCUGCCGCGGCCGGAUUGUGGUGGUGGACGUGACGGCGGCGCGGCCGAGACUGUGGGAGGUGGAAACGCCGCCGGGGCUUGAAGCGGUGGCGAUUCAUAUCCUGCCGAGAAUGACCCAGCUGGUUUGA